UCAAUACUGAAAACAGUGCCGAGCCCCGAGCUCGGUGGUGGCACAUGUGCGAGCGCGAGCUCACAAGCAGCCAAAAGCGGUCAGUUUCCGCAAUUUGAGCUUCUCGGGCUAUUCCCCCAUAAAUCAGCAACGAAUCCGCUCCCUGUUGCAGACGCAAGCACGAACGAAUUCGCGACUCCUCUGUCGAUAUCGUCCCAGGAACCUGUUCUCACCAUGUCGAAAGUCACAAGCCCUUCGAAGCUGGCACACGUGGUGCUGCGCACCCAGCAGUUCGCUCCCAUGGUCUCCUUCUACAAGACAUUCUUGGGCGGCCACGCAACCCAUGAAAACGACUUCGUCUCCUUCAUCACGUACGAUGAUGAGCAUCAUCGCAUCGCGAUUCUCGCUGCUCCAUCUACAACGCCAAAGGUCCUGGGAUCGGCGGGCUUGGAGCAUGUGGCUUUCACAUUCCCGACUCUUGAUGAGUUGGCCCUGUCCUAUACGCAGAGGAAAGAGCACGGGAUUGAGCCCGUAUGGAGUGUGAAUCAUGGACCGACGACAAGCAUCUACUACAAAGACCCAGAUGGCAACCAGAUCGAGACGCAGGUGGAUAAUUUUGACAGCAUCGCAGACGCGGAUAAGUUCAUGGCGUCGAAAGAGUUCGCGGAAAAUCCUAUCGGGACGGACUUUGAUCCGGAGGAGUUGAUCAGGAGGCUGAAGUCUGGAGAGGAUCAUGCGUCGAUCAAGAAGCGGAUCGAGAUCGGGCCAAGGGGUUUGCCUCCUGGGAUGUAGUACAAUGCGUGGUCAUAGAUAUCCGCACACUGGUCUACGACCGCUGGUGGUGUCUCAUCAUAUUCUCGGAUAUCCAAGUUGGCAGAUCACACUUCUCUGCAUUUGUUUGGGGCGGCUUCAGGAGUUUAUCAGUUGUACAAAAGGUGGUGCUUCCGUCAAGACACUUCACUCCGACUGUGGGAUUUGGCGACGGGUAAUUAUUGUAUUGAACGCAGUCAUUAUCCUACCACUAUAAUAUCAAUUCCCAACUUUGUCUGACCCAGAAGCACAGCUCCUCAGAAAUUCCCAGGAGUACAACUAUACUUAAAAUUCCC